UUUCAAGUCUGACAGAUAACCAAAAAACCGUAUAAAAUUGCUGACUUUUAUUCGAGAAUAGUGCAAUUUCAAAACUUAAUUGUUGUGUAUGCAAUGUCGAAAGAGUUCAAGUUGAGUAGGAGCCUGUACGGGCAUUCUAAGGAUAUAAGAUCUGUCGCAUGUACCUCUAACAAUGAUAUCAUCAGCGGUUCCAGGGAUAGAACUGCUAAAUUCUGGAAGUUUAUUCCCUUGCAGAACGUUUAUAAUGAAGUGAUGACCUACAAGACACAUGAAAACUUUGUUGGUAGCGUUUUGUAUUUGGAACCUACGACAGAUUUCCCGGAUGGUUUGGUAGUUACUGGGGGGUAUGAUAAGGCUAUCUACGUUUAUAGACCUGGAGAGCCCUUCCCUACUUUCAGUCUCAAAGGAGUACAUGCUAACACAGUGUGUGCAUUGUCAAGGGGAAAUUCACCAAACUCCUUCCUAAGUGCAUCUUGGGACCAUACAGCAAAGUAUUGGGACGUUUCUAGUACCGCAACAAAGCCGACAGUGACAUUUUCUGGGCAUGAGGCUUCUGUAUGGCAUGUAAGACAACUAGGCAACAAUCAAGUAGUUACAGGAUCUGCCGAUAAGACUAUAGGAGUUUGGACACCUCAGGGACAGAGGGUCCACGUGUUAAAAGGCCAUACAGAUGCAGUUCGAUGUAUAGAAGAUUUUCCUGAGUUAAAUAGAUUCUAUAGCGUGUCAAAUGAUGCUACAAUAAGAGUUUGGACAUAUGAGGGAGAAAAUUUAGCUACAUAUUAUGGUCAUAAUAGCUUUAUAUAUAGUAUAGCUAGAUGUAAAGCAUUAGGCGAUGACAGUUUUGUAACUUCAGAUGAGGAUAGGACAGUUAGGAUUUGGAAAAAUGGAGAAAAUGUUCAAAUUAUAAAUUUGCCGGCUCUGUCUGUGUGGUGUGUCACUUGCUUGCCAAAUGGUGACGUUGUGUCUGGUUCAAGGUAACUUCUGCCCUUUUUCUUCCCACUUUUAGCGACGGUGUAGUCAGGAUAUUCACUCAAGACGAGGGACGAGUUGCAGAUGAGGCAACUUUGAAGCGGUUUGAGGAAGAAUCAAAUGCUGUCAAAAGUCAAGCGCUUAAAGAAAUAGGCGGAUAUAAAGUUUCAGAUCUUCCAGGAAAAGAGGCGUUAUUCGAUCCUGGCAGAAGUGCUGGUCAAAUCAAGAUGAUCAGAGAAAAUGGCGGUGUGAUGGCUUACAGUUGGGUUGAAGAAGGUGACACUGGACAUUGGGAGAAAAUUGGAGACGUCAUGGGCGGUGUUGAGAAUAAAGAGGGAGAAAAAAAGAAAUAUGAAGGCAAGGAAUAUGACUUUGUGUUUUCCGUGGACGUUGAAGAUGGAAAACCGCCUUUGAAACUCCCAUUCAACAAAGGGGAUGAUCCGUAUGUUGCCGCUCAUGCAUUUCUAGAAAAGCAUUUUCUACCAGCUGAUUACUUAGAACAGGUGGUGGAUUUUAUAUUGAAAAAUAGCAACGAGCAAUACGUGCCGAAAUUAACCGCUGAAUAUCAAGAUCCUUUCACUGGCAGUUCGCGUCACACGCCGAGUUAUGGGCAGAAUCAAGGGCAAACAGCGGCUUUAGAUCCAUUUACAGGUGCCAACGCUUACACCACGUCCAAACCAUCAGAAGCCGCCUCAAACUCCUUAUCAAGCAAUUCAAACAGCUUAAAUCAAGGAAGUCGUUCUUCGGGCUUCUUUCCUCAGACAUCGUAUCGUUCCUUUGACAUGGGAGAUCCUGGAGUGAUUUUGAACAAAUUGAAGGAGUUCAACCAAAAAUGCGGAGACGGUUCUCAGAGAGUGGAUGACAGACAGUUGGAGGAGAUGGUGAAAGUUGCGAACGGCUUGCCGAGUGAUCCGAACGCGUUCGAUACGCUUUUCAAGCUGCUUGAUUGGCCGGACGAUAUCAUAUUCCCGGUGCUAGACGUGGUGCGACUGGCCGUGAAACAUAAAAAGAACAACGAAGUCAUAGUGUCGAUGAAUAAUGGCAUCAUCGUUGAAAAACUGAAACAUUACACGAACGGCUGUUGCAAAGUAACGAGCAAUAUCAUCGUGUCCUUGAGAACGCUUUCCAAUUUGUGUCUUCACGAACCCGGGGAGUUGCUGGUUUACAACAACAGAUUCGAGCUGUUCGAGAAUUUCACGUCGUUGAGCGAACUCACCAAAGCUGGACAGGUUGCCUUAGCGACCUGCCUCCUGAACGUCACAAUAAUGACGGGCAAACAAAAGGACGAACUGGGCUUCUCAGUCCUGGCGCAAGUCCUUCCGGACAUCUUGUCCAGACUGACAGAUCCUGAAGCUCAAUUCAGACUAUACGUGGCUGUCGGAACGUUGAUCAAAACGGCUCAGCUUCACGGAGCUGCAGUCAAAGCGAAGCUGAACGAGAAUUCGAAUUUUCUCAGCACGAUGCAGUCGCAUUCGUUCUCUGGUCAGAACGAGUUGGAAAAUAAGAGGAUGAAUUGUGUCAAGCAAUUGUCCGCGUUGCUGUAAGGUUAUCGGUGCGUGUGUGUGGCUUUUUCAAUAAAGUUAAGUUACGCUUCAA